CACAAGCUGAUGAGGGGCAUUUUUUAGGAGUCGGUUACCUCCGGAGGGGGAUUAUUCGAGCAACUUUGACUUGAAACAUCGAUGCAAUACAUGCCAGCCGAAAUUUAGACAUUCUGUACAGCGUUUGUGAAGCUUUACUAUAUUUACAUGGCGACUCAGCAGAGACUUAGCAGUCUUACUGGACCGAUGUCUCCUCUACAUGAUCCGUAAAUGUGGGUCGUGUGUGACACCGUACUGAUGCCCGUUUGGUUCGUCUGACUUCGGGAGCGAUUUCUCUCCAAGAACAUGGGAUUCCUUCAUCAGCUUCAGCUCCUGUUGUGGAAAAACGUCUCUUUAAAGCGGAGAGGGCCGUGGGUGCUGGCGUUUGAGAUCUUCAUCCCACUGGUCCUCUUCUUCAUCUUGCUUGGUUUGAGGCAGAAGAAGCCAGCCAUCCCUGUAAAAGAAGCCUUUUACAGCGCUGCCCCCCUGACAUCAGCGGGCAUCAUUCCUGUCAUGCAGUCCCUGUGUCCGGACGGUCAGCGGGAUGAGUUCGGCUUCCUGCAGUACAAAAACUCCACUGUGACUCAGCUGUUGGAGCGGAUUGGGGAGGUGGUGGAGCAGAAUCACUUGUUUACGUCAGACAGGCCGACUCUGGGGGAGGAACUCGAGUCGCUACAGAAACACCUGGAGAGCCUCAGCUCAUCGCAAAACCCAUUAGAGACCCGCUUCAACACCAGCAACGGUUUUACGCUGGGCAGUGUUCUCAAGAAUCAGACUCACUUCCAGCAGUUCCUUAAUCAGAACCUCUCUUUGUCUGAUGACGUGACCACCUUGCUGCUCUCCUCUCCAGUCAACCUUAAAGAGGUGUAUAACCUUAUCUUUGGCACACAUCCUAAAGACAGUGGUGGAAGUGAAAGCUUGACAGUAGGUCAACGUGGGGCUCGCAGCCCAGGAGAUAAAGUCUUACACCUGAAGGAGCAGCUACUGGGAGGAUUGAGGAGUCUCGAGGCGGAUUUACUGCAAAAAGCUUUGAGAGACCCGAAUAAAGCAGCUGAUCACCACGCUCUUCUCCAGCUGCUCUCCCGGGCUCUGGGGAUCACGGGAGGAGAAGAGUCACACAAAUACGACACUCAGGAACUGAAACAGAUGGAGGGAGUUCUGCUGACAGGUGGCGUUCUGGAGGCUCUUACCUGCGGAGAGGACAGGAACAGUAAGCUCCAUACGAUCCUGUCAGUCCCUGAGAAGCAGCAGUCGGUGUUUGAAGCCUAUCAGAUGGCCGUGUGUGGAGGAGAGGCCGAGCAGAGAGCCGAGCGAUUUGCAGAAAUCAGCCAAGAGCUGAAAGAUCAGAUCGACACACAGAAAAUCACUGAAAAGUUAAGGCAGGACCAGACCAACGUUUCGUCACUGCCCGUUCAGUCCCACCUGGCCGCUCUGCUGAAGGACCUUGCAGAAGUGGAGAGGUUACUGAAGGACGUGGAUCUGCUGUCAGGUUUGGCCAAGCUGCUGCCUAAAGGAGCAUGUGCAGGACACCAACCUCCUCCUGCUGCCCACAAUGCCUCCUGGAGCACCAACACCACCUCAUUGGGCACUAACACCACGGAAAGCCCUGCUGAAGAGAAGGAGUUCCAGACAGAAAACCCUCAUUCCCAGUUCUCUGCUUUUGUGCAGCUCUGGGCUGGACUGCAGCCUAUACUGUGUGGAAAUAACAGGAUCAUUGAACCAGAAGCUUUGAAGCAGGGGAACAUGAGCUCACUCGGCUUUACCAGCAAAGAGCAGCGGAAUCUGGGGCUUUUAGUCCACCUCAUGACUACAAACCCCAAGAUCCUUUAUUCACCCAUUGGCUCACAGGUUGACAAGGUCAUUCAAAAGGCCAAUGAGACGUUUGCUUUUGUGGGAAACGUGACCCAUUAUGCAAAACUGUGGCUCAACAUCUCGACCGAGCUCCGAGCUUUUUUGGAGGAGGGGAAGCUGCACAGUCACCUGACAUGGCUACAACAGUUAACCUCUGACCUGCGAAAGCACCCGGAAUUGCUGAACACCUCCGACUCUGAGCUGCUGGACAGUCUUCUACAAGAGAAUUUCACCCUACCCAACAUCAGCACACUGCUGGAACAGCUGGACACCAUUGACAACGCUGCCUGUGGCUGGACCCAGUUCAUGUCAAAGGUCAGUGUGGAUAUAUUUAAAGGUUUUCCAGAUGAGGAGAGUAUUGUGAACUACACCCUGAACCAGGCCUACCAUGAUAACGUCUCUGUCUUUGCUAGUGUCAUUUUCCAAACCAAUAAGGACGGCUCCCUUCCUCCUCAUGUACAAUAUAAAAUUAGGCAGAACUCCAGCUUCACUGAGAAAACGAACGAGAUUCGACGUGCUUACUGGCGCCCGGGACCCAACACGGGUGGAAGGUUCUACUUCCUCUAUGGAUUUGUGUGGAUUCAAGACAUGAUUGAGAGAGCUGUCAUUAGCACGUUUGUGGGACACGAUGUUGUAGAGCCUGGGAAUUACGUGCAGAUGUUUCCCUAUCCGUGCUACACCAGAGAUGAUUUCCUGUUUGUGAUCGAGCACAUGAUGCCAUUGUGUAUGGUGAUCUCCUGGGUUUACUCUGUAGCCAUGAUGAUCCAGCACAUAGUGGCUGAAAAGGAGCAUCGUCUCAAAGAGGUGAUGAAGAUGAUGGGCCUGAAUAAUGCAGUGCACUGGGUGGCCUGGUUCAUCACGGGCUUUGUUCAGCUUUCCAUAUCAGUGACUGCACUCACAGCCAUAUUAAAGUACGGUCGAGUGCUCCUCCACAGCGACCCUUUCAUCAUCUGGCUCUUUCUCACCAUCUACGCCAUCGCCACCAUCAUGUUCUGUUUUCUGGUGUCUGUAAUUUACUCAAAAGCAAAACUGGCAUCAGCGUGUGGCGGGAUCAUUUAUUUCCUUAGUUAUGUUCCCUAUAUGUACGUGGCUAUCAGAGAGGAGGUGGCUCACGACAAAAUCACCGCCUUCGAGAAGUGCAUUGCGUCCCUGAUGUCCACCACUGCUUUUGGCCUGGGAUCAAAGUACUUUGCCCUGUACGAGGUGGCCGGCGUGGGCAUUCAGUGGCGUACCAUUAACCAGUCACCAGUAGAGGGCGAUGAUUUUAACCUGCUGUUGUCUAUAGUCAUGUUGAUCAUCGAUGCCACUGUGUAUGGAGUUCUUACCUGGUACAUCGAGGCUGUGCAUCCAGGGAUGUACGGGCUGCCUCGCCCAUGGUACUUUCCCCUGCAGAAAUCCUACUGGCUGGGCAGUGGGCGCAUAGAGACAUGGGAGUGGCCCUGGACCAGCAGUUCCAGGCUUAGCGUGAUGGAGGAGGAUCAGGCCUGCGCCAUGGAGCACAGACGCUCAGAGGAAAUGCGUGGAAUAGAAGAGGAACCCAGUCACCUGCCUCUGGUGGUCUGCAUCGAUAAGCUUACUAAGGUGUACAAGACAGGAAGCAAGUUAGCUCUGAACAAGCUGAGCUUAAACCUGCACGAGAACCAGGUCGUCUCGUUCCUGGGACACAACGGGGCUGGAAAAACCACCACCAUGUCGAUCCUCACUGGUCUCUUUCCUCCCACCUCUGGCUCGGCCACCAUAUACGGCCACGACAUCCGCACCGAAAUGGAGCGCAUCCGGCAGAACCUAGGCAUGUGUCCUCAGCACAACGUCUUGUUCGACAAGCUGAGUGUGGAGGAGCACCUCUGGUUCUACUCGCGUCUGAAGGGCAUGGCUGAGGAGGACAUCCGCAAAGAGAUGGACAAGAUGAUUGAGGAUCUGGAGUUGUCGAACAAACGCCACAGUCUGGUGCAAACGCUGUCAGGAGGAAUGAAAAGGAAGUUGUCGGUGGCCAUCGCGUUCGUGGGCGGCUCACGGGCAGUGAUUCUAGACGAGCCCACAGCAGGAGUGGAUCCGUACGCCCGCCGAGCCAUAUGGGACCUUAUUCUCAAAUACAAACAGGGCCGGACCAUCCUCCUGUCCACACACCACAUGGACGAGGCUGAUCUUCUGGGUGACCGUAUUGCAAUUAUCUCUCACGGGAAACUUAAAUGUUGUGGGUCACCUCUCUUUCUCAAGAGCACAUACGGAGACGGAUAUAAACUCACGCUGGUCAAGAAACAGAGCGACUCCAAUCCUGCAGAUCAGUCGAGUGUUCCCCCCUCCUCGUCCCUGUCUCCGUGUUCAGAGAGCAGAGUCACCCAGUUUAUCCGACAGUACGUGGCCUCCUGUCUGCUGGUAUCUGACUCAAACACUGAGCUUUCCUACAUCCUGCCAUCCGAGGCUGUCAAAAAGGGCUGCUUCGAGAGGCUCUUUCAGGUGUUGGAGCAGAGUCUGGACAAUCUGGCUCUCACCAGCUUUGGAGUGAUGGACACCACACUGGAAGAGGUCUUUCUAAAAGUGUCUGAAGAAGAUCUAUCCCUGGAAAACAGUGAUGCAGACAUGAAAAGCUCCCCAGGUGGUACCUCAGCAGGAAAGCCCUCCUCCUUGUUGGAAGCCCCUCAGUGUGAUGCAGCUCUGCUUGGUACCAUGACCCGACCCGAAGUAGAGAUGAAUAACAUGGUGAUGAACUCGAGGCUGAGUGCUAGUCAGGCCUCGCUGCAGUCCUAUUCCUCUCUGGGCUCGGUGAGAGGAGAUGAAGGUGGCCCGUACUCUGACUUCUAUGGAGAAUACUCUCCUUUGUUUAAUAAUACCCAGGAUCCUGAAUCCACCAGCCUUAAAGAUGACGAGCGGCGCUCCCCAGAGCAGCAUGUUCUAGAAGGCCAGGGCAGCUAUAAGCUGGAGGGCUGGUGGCUGCGACUACGCCAGUUCCACGGUCUCAUCGUCAAGAGGUUCCACUGUGCCAAAAGGAACACCAAGGUCCUGUUUUCCCAGAUCUUGCUGCCCGCCUUCUUCGUCUGUGUGGCAAUGACCGUUGCUCUUUCUGUGCCCGAGAUAGGUGACCUGCCUCCCCUCAUUCUGUCACCGUCUCAGUAUCAUAACUACACCCAGCCCAGAGGAAACUUCAUCCCCUAUGCCAACGAGGAUCGGCCGCAGUACAGGAGUAAACUGUCACCGGAUGCCAGUCCUCAGAAGAUUAUCAACACCUUGCAUUUGCCCUCAGGCAUGGGUGCCACAUGUGUGCUGAAAACCCCAUUUAAUAGCACUCUGGACCAGCUGGCGCAGAGCUUCAACCCGUAUGCCAACAAUGCAAAAACGCUGGCUGCUCGCUACUUUGACCCCAUGUGCCUGGACUCGUUUACACAGGGUGUGCCCCUAUCCAAUUUUGUGCCUCCUCCACCCUCACCUGCGCCCUCGGAUGACCCAGAGUCACGGUUUGACUACGCCGUCUGGAACCUCACAGCAGCUCCUCCAACGACUGCCCACGAGGUGGUGACGUCUCCCCCUCCGCUGCCGCUGUCCAUUCACGAGCCAGUGCGCUGUAUCUGCUCCAUGCAGGGCACUGGCUUCUCCUGCCCCAGUGGUGUUGGGGGACGACCUCCGCUGACAAAGGUUGUUACCGGGGACAUUCUUGUGGACAUCACGGGUCGGAACGUGUCCGAGUACCUUCUCUACACCUCCGACCGCAUGAGGCUGCACAGAUAUGGAGGCAUUACUGUCGGAAACAUCCAGAAAUCAGUACCUGCAUCGUUUGGAAGAAAGAUGUCUCCAAUGGCUCGCAAAAUAGCAGUAAGGAGAUCAGCCCAGGUGCUGUACAAUAAUAAAGGCUACCACAGCAUGCCUACCUACCUUAAUGUGCUGAACAAUGCCAUCCUGCGUGCCAAUCUGCCCCCUACCAAGGGCAACCCAGCAGCUUAUGGUAUUACAGUAACCAAUCAUCCCAUGAACAGGACCAGUGCCAGCCUCUCUCUGGACUAUCUCCUGCAGGGUACUGAUGUGGUCAUUGCCAUCUUCAUCAUCGUGGCCAUGUCCUUUGUCCCGGCCAGCUUUGUGGUGUUUUUGGUAGCUGAGAAGUCCACCAAGGCCAAGCACCUGCAGUUUGUCAGUGGCUGUGACCCCGUCAUCUACUGGCUGGCCAACUACAUUUGGGACAUGCUGAAUUACCUGGUCCCUGCCACAUGCUGUGUUCUCAUUUUGUUUGUGUUCGACCUUCCUGCAUACACGUCACCCAAAAACUUCCCGGCAGUGGUGGCACUUUUCCUGCUCUAUGGCUGGUCCAUAACCCCUAUCAUGUAUCCAGCCUCUUUUUGGUUUGAGGUACCCAGCACAGCCUACGUUUUCCUCAUCGUCAUUAACCUCUUCAUAGGAAUCACAGCCACUGUAGCAACUUUUCUUCUCCAGCUGUUUGAACAUGAUAAGGAUCUGAAGUUGGUGAACAGCUAUCUGAAGUCGUGUUUUCUCAUCUUUCCUAAUUAUAACCUGGGUCAUGGACUGAUGGAGAUGGCGUAUAACGAAUACAUUAAUGAGUACUAUGCGAAGAUAGGUCAGUUCGAUAAGGUGAAGUCUCCAUUCGAAUGGGACAUUGUGACCCGUGGACUGGUGGCCAUGACCAUUGAGGGAUUUGUCGGCUUUCUCAUCACCAUCCUGUGCCAGUACAACUUCCUCCGAAAACCUCAGAAAGUUCCUGUGAACAGUCAGCCAAUCGAAGAUGACGAUGUAGAUGUGGCCCGUGAAAGACGCAGAGUGCUCAGAGGAGAUGCUGUAAACGACAUGCUAAAGAUUGAAAACCUCACUAAGGUGUAUAAAUCACGCAAGAUGGGCCGGAUCUUGGCGGUGGACCGGUUGUGUCUGGGUGUGCGACCUGGUGAAUGUUUUGGGCUGCUAGGAGUCAAUGGUGCAGGAAAGACCACCACCUUCAAAAUGCUGACUGGAGAUGAGAGUACCACUGGAGGAGAGGCUUUCAUUGGAGGGUACAGUAUACUGAAGGAGCUGUUGCGAGUGCAGCAGAGUAUUGGAUACUGUCCACAGUUUGAUGCUCUUUUUGAGGACUUAACGGCACGUGAGCACCUGAAGCUUUACACACGUCUCCGGGGUAUACCGUGGAAGGAUGAGGAGCGGGUGGUGGAGUGGGCUCUGGAGAAGCUCCAGCUGACGAAGUAUGCUGACAAACCUGCUGGCACCUACAGUGGAGGGAACAAACGCAAGCUCUCCACGGCCAUCGCUCUGAUCGGAUACCCCUCUCUGAUUUUCCUGGAUGAGCCCACCACUGGCAUGGACCCUAAGGCUCGUCGCUUCCUCUGGAAUCUCAUCCUAGACAUCAUCAAGACCGGAAGAUCAGUAGUGCUGACAUCACACAGUAUGGAGGAGUGUGAGGCAUUGUGCACUAGGCUGGGAAUCAUGGUUAAUGGACGCUUCAAGUGUCUUGGCAGCAUUCAGCAUCUCAAGAACAGGUUUGGAGACGGAUACAUGAUCACAGUACGUACCAAGACGACUGCUAGCGUGAAAGAAGUGAUCCGAUUCUUCAACAGGAACUUUCCAGAAGCCAUUUUAAAGGAGAGGCACCACACUAAGAUCCAGUACCAGCUGAAGUCGGAGAACAUUUCUCUAGCCCAGGUGUUCAGUAAAAUGGAGCAGGUGGUGGAGGUGCUGAGUAUCGAGGAUUACUCCGUCAGCCAAACCACUCUUGAUAACGUUUUUGUCAACUUUGCCAAAAAGCAGAGUGAUAACCUGGAGCAACAGGAGAGUUCUCCGUCUAAAAGCAGCCAGUCUCCGCUGCAGCGUCUGCUCAGUAUCCUCCGUCCUCGAGCGGCUAAUACUGAGCUGAGUGCUCUAAUCAGUGAGGAACCCGAGGAACUGGAGAGCGAUGAUGAUGAAGGACUCAUUAGCUUUGAAGAAGAACGGGUGCAGUUGUCCUUUAACACAGACACUCUCUGCUGAAACGUCCAUCUACAGCACAGAGAGAAAAAACUGCCUCAAAUAAAGGAUUCCAGUCUGGUCUGGGAAUGAUGUUCCUGACCUGCUUUGUCAGUGGGUCCGUCUGUCUGGCCUUAACAAGACACGUGUUCUAAAGUGGAUGGAACUUACAGACCUGCUGAACACUGUCAGAACACACCUCUUUGAGUCUGAGAAGAAAAUCAGCUCUUAUUGUACAGGGUUCCAGACCAGAGGAAAACAGGAGGACUCAGGAGGACUCAGAGGAAUCUUCUCUAUCGUCUCUACGGAGUGCUCGUGUAUUGGGGAAAUUCAAACUUCAAACCUACCGAUGGGAUCUUAUAGAAUUGAUUUAUUGUAGUAUUUUUAACUUUAAACUAGGACGACUAAACGAUUGUGAAAUCAGUUCUAACCUUGUGCUGUUCUGAACUUGUGCUUUACAGCUGUUGAUGUCAUGAGAUAACAUAUCGCCCCGGUGAGCUUCGUCCAUCCGGGGUUCUACCUUAGUGUCAUUUUAAUGAGCAGUUCAGUUUGUUUUUCAGUGUUUUUGUAAAAUCGGAUUUCACCUCGGUUAUUAUAUUGAAUCUGCCUUGGGAGCAUGCUAACAGUCAAGCUUGUGGUACUUUCCUCUUUUCUGUCUAUAGAUUGAUUUAUUUUGUGUUGAGUUUUUUAAAGUGUUGCUGUACGAACGCACCUUAGUGAGAUCCACGUGAGAAGAGUUGUAUCGAUAACGGUCCUAAAUUACUUAUUGAAUGUAAACGGCAUGAAAAGACAUCUGUAUUUUGCACAUGAUAUUGCCUCGUGAACCUUCAGUUUGAUAUUUAGAUGAUGAAGGAAGCACUUUUUAUUUAGAAUUCUUUAUUUUGACUUGCAUUGUUUAGUAAUUACGUGCUAUGACGUUCAGGAUUAGAGUUUGAUUCUCCUGUGUGAGUCUGUACAUGUUUUGAAUUUUCUGCAUUCACUGUGAAGCCAAAGGUGAACACUGGAUUCACUAUUACUAAAACUGAUCAUUUUCAGGAACUUGCAGGUUUUUCUUGCAUUUUGAGACGUUACGUGUUGAUUUUAUAGCUGUAUGUGUUUGGCUCUGCAGUUUGUUUUAGUAGUGUACACUGAUCUGAUUGUUGAUCUGUAUGCUAGCAGCAUUCUUUAUGUGAUGGAUUGGUUAAGGCCGUGCCCGGAUUUCAUACCAGGAUUCCACUUUUCUCCAACAAGACUUACACUUGAUACUAAAUACAGUGCAGGCAAAUCAGGGUUAAGGGGCUCAGGGGCCUGGUGGUGGGGCUUGACCAGUGACCUUCUGAUCACUGGUCCAGCCACUUAACUACUGAGCUACAGUUGUGUUCAAAAUAAUAGCAGUGUGUUUAAAACAGUGAAUAAAGCUCAGAAUUCUUAUAAUAGCUUUUAUUUUAAUACACACAAAUGCAUUGACAACACUGCACAUUCUUUUCCAAAUCAAAACAUGAAUUAAAAUUGAUCAAAUGUGUUAUUACUUUACAGAAAGUGAAGAAAAGGGAAUAUUAGGCUGUUCAAAAAAAUAGCAGUGUCUGCAUUUUUCUUUACAAACUCAAACAUUUACUGUUUAAACUGAAAAAUGCUUCAAUAUUUAGCUUUCCUGUAAACCACUAAACUAAUAAUCAGUUGUAUAACCACUGUUUCUGAGAAUUGCUUCACAUCUGUUUCAUGGAGUUAACCAACUUCUGGCACCUGUGAACAGGUAUUCCAGCCCAGGACGAUUGGACCACAUUCCACAAUUCCUCUGCAUUUCUUGGUUUUGCCUCAGAAACAGCAUUUUUGGUGUCACCCCACAAGUUUUCUAUUGGUUUAAGGUCCGGAGAUUGGGCUGGCCACUCCAUAACGUUAAUCUUGUUGGUCUGAAACCAAGAUGUUGCACGCUUACUGGUGUGUUUGGGGUCAUUGUCUUGUUGAAACAUCUAUUUCAAGGGCAUUUCCUCUUUGGCAUGAGGCAACAUGACCUCUUCAAGUAUUUGGAUGUAUUCAAACUGAUCCAUGAUCCCUGGUAUGUGAUAAAUAGGCCUGACACAAUAGUAUGAGAAACAUCCCCAUAUCAUGAUGCUUGCGCCACCAUGCUUCAAUGUCUUCACAGUGUACUGUGGCUUGAAUUCAGUGUUCGGGGGUCGUCUGACAAACUGUCCCAAACAGACCCAAAAAGAACGAUCUUGCUUUCAUCAGUCCACAAAAUGUUGCGCCAUUUCUCUUUAGGCCAGUGAAUGUGUUCUUUGGCAAAUUGUAACCUCUUCAGCACAUGUCGUUUUUGCAACAAUGGGACUUUGCGGGGGCUUCUUGCCGAUAGCUUGGCUUCACACAGGCGUCUUCUAACUGUCACAGUACUCACAGGUAACUUUAGACCUUCUUUGAUCUCCCUGGAGCUGAUGAUUGGCUGAGUCUUUGCCAUUUUGGCUAUUCUUCAAUCCAUCCGAAUGGUAGUUUUCCAUUUUCUUCCACGUCUUUCUGGUUUUGGUUGCCAUUUUAAAGCAUUUGAAAUCAUUUUAGCUGAGCAGCCUAUAAUUUUCUGCACUUCUUUAUAUGUUUUUCCCUCUCCAAUCGACUUUUUAAUCAAAGUACGCUGUUCUUCUGAACAAUGUCUGGAACGACCCAUUUCACUCUGUUUUUUAGAGAGAAAUGCACCAUAACCAGCAUGUACAACAUCUGCUGCUUUUAUACUUUAAUAAGGGCCACCUGUUUGACACCCAUUUUUACACAGAAUGAAUGACCUCACUAAUUGAACUUUACACUGCUAUUAUUUUGAACAUGCCCCUUUUAGUUACUUAUUCAAUUAUACAGAAUCAGCAGCAUGCAUGUCAUGAUGGUUGGGUCUGUUGGUUUUUUAUUACUCUACUACACCUACUAGUAAGUUUUUUGCCAUGUAUAAAUAUAAUUUCUACCAAAAACAGUGAUUGAUCUGGUUAGUGAUGUUGGACUGCUAUUAUUUUGAACACAACUGUACCAUUGCCUGGCAGGAGGUGGAGUGGCUGGUUGAAAUUGCCCCUGGUUGUAAGUGAGUAAACGUACAUGUUGAAAUGCAGUGGGUUGGCACUAUGUACAGGGUGUGUGCCAGGCCCACUGCAACCUUGACCAGGUUGAAGUGGUGAGUGUGAAUUAAUAAAAUUAAUCUUUUUUCUUAUGUUUUUUUUAAAUGUAAUAACUUGGUGGUGCAAACUUUAUUUUAACACAAACAAAAUGGACUUUUUUGACAUUUUGAUUCACUAAAAGUUUGGAUUUAGACGUGGGAUGGAUGUGGUACAAGCAAACAGGAGACAUAUUAUAAACAGUGCUGAGUUCUGAAAUGGUUAGUUUGUUCUUUUUCCUGGUCCAAGUUACAUUAAACACUAAACUUUUA